GGUGGUCAAACUUUCAGAUUUGGACAUGCACACUUGUUGUAGUUCAGCUACAGUAAAGGGGCGAGAGGCCACUAUAAAUUGGUUGGCACGUAGGUCUAAGGACAUUGUGAAAGAGGAUCAUUCUCUUAGCGCAAGAAAGUUACAAAAAAAUUGGAGAAACAGUACAACCUUGAAUUGUCAUAUUGGAAAGUGUGGUCUGAGAAGAAGUCAACCAUGAAUGAUCUUCAUGGUACUUGGGAGGGGAGCUUCACAAUGUUGUGGAGAUUCAAAUCAGCACUGGAAGAGUCUUGCCCGGGAAGCAUCAUUGAGAUUGAUUGCCAGAAGGUUAAUGGGAGAAUGCACUUCUCAAGGAUGUUUGUGUGCAUUAGAGCAUGUGUUGAUGGAUUUUUGGCUGGGUGCAGACCAUAUCUUGGUGUUGAUUCUACUCACCUCACUGGAAAGUACAAAGGGCUUGCUGCAGCCACUGCAAUUGAUGGACACAAUUGGAUGUAUCCAGUUGCGUAUGCCAUUUUCUUCAAAGAAACAAAUGACAAUUGGGCAUGGUUCAUGGCCAAUCUGAAAAAAGCCAUCGGGACUCCACCUGGGUUGACAAUUCAUAGUGAUGCUUGUAAGGGAUUAGCAUAUGGUGUCAAAAAAAUAUUCAAGGCGGAUGCUGAGCACCGUGAGUGUUUUAGGCACCUUAUGACUAAUUUCAGGAAGAAGUACAAAGGGGAUGUGCUGAAGUUUAUGUGGCCUUGUGCAUGGGCAUGUACAACUCGUAGGCAUGAUUACCUUGUGGAAAAUAUUACAGCUGCUGCUCCUAAAGCAAUCCCUUGGUUAAACAAGCAUCACAAAUUGAUUUGGAGCAGAUCAAAAUUCUCUAAAAAGUGCAAAGUUGAUUAUGUCAAUAACAACAUCUCUGAAUGCUUUAACAAUUGGAUUAAGGAUUACAAAGACCUUCCAGUUGUUGAUCUGAUGGAUAAAAUUAGAGAGAAGAUCAUGGAAAAGAUUGCCACAAGGCAAGAUAUUGCCAAUAGACUUGAAGGCCAUAUCCUUCCAAGUGUGCUACAUGAGCUGAACAUGAAAAGUAGAGGGCUUAAUUAUGAUUUUAGCAAAAGUGGGUUACUAGCAGCCGAGAUUUCUGGAACAACAAAUGAAGGGAAGACAUGGAGGUAUGGUGUUGACCUUAACAAAAGAACUUGUGGCUGUGGACAAUGGGAGGUGUCUGGAAAACCAUGCAGUCAUGCUAUCUUUUCACUUGGAAAAUUUAGACAGAAAGAGUUAAAAAUCGAGGAUUUUGUGGAUGAUUACUACUCAGUAGAGAGGUUUAAACUUGCUUAUCAAUUUGAGGUCAUUCCAAUGGGUGACAAAUCUCAAUGGCCAAAGAAUGACCCUGGUUUUGAAAUGGUCCCUCCACCAUUAGAAAGGCCUGCUGGGAGAUCAAGGAAGCAGAGAAUUAAGGCUAGUGGAGAGCCAGGAAAAAGAGGUCCAUAUCAAUGUAAAAGGUGCUUCAAGUUUGGACAUAUAGAGAAGGGAUGCAAUGCAACUCAAGCUGAACUAGAGCAGGAGCUUCCACCACCUCGUCCAAAAAAACAAAAAAAGCAAAGCAAAACCAAAUCCGAAGCUUAUGAAAACUCCACAAAAGGUGCUGAGCCAUCAAACAUUGUGAAAACUCCACUAACUUCAAGCCCAGGUGUUACGACAAGAAGGAUGGCGUCCCUCUCUCCGGCAAGAGCAAGUCCAUGUGUUACCACAAGGAGGAUGGCGUCCCUGUCUCCAACCAGUCCGGGUGUGACAACAAGAAGGAUGACAUUUAUCUCACCUGGAGGAAUCAACCGCAGGCUUAUCAUUGAUUAGUUGUAUUAGUGCAAUGUUAGCAUGUACUGUAACUUAGUUUAUGGCAUGCUCUAUGGCUAGCUUUUGGGCAUUUGUCUAGUUACCAUGUGAACUAGGGUCUCUGUGAACUAUGAACAGCUUGUAGUCUUAUGCCAAGUCGUUAUGCACGGACAAAAUUAGUAUUAUAUCAUAUUUUAAUGUGUUUA